GUGCGAUCGCCUCAAACCCUCAAGACAUAUGCGGCGCAUUCAACUAAAAAAAUAUAUACAAAGAGGAAAAAGUAAUUGAACAUUAUAAAAAGUGUUAAAUAUAACUUCGUCAACCGAAUCCCGUUUUGUGUUUGUGAAAGAAAAACUUUGCAUCCGAAAACUUGAAAGUGAAAAUACAACAAAAUAAAUCGUUGAAAUUCAAAGCAGACAAUUUGGAAUCCCCCCCACCCCAAAUGAAGUCGCACUUGUUGUUGCUCCAACAACAAUAACAUUUUGUUUUUGAAUUUUGGGCGAUUAUAGGCCAAAGACAAAGAGUUGGAGUGAGAGAGAGAAAGAGAGAGAGAGAGAGAACGGAAAAUUACUCCCAACGCGCAACAAUGAAUCAAACACAAGUCAACAAUUUCUUGAAAUGCUUCCUGCAAAUUGAUGAGCCCGUUAGCCACUUAGCGGCUCAUCACGCUCGUCACGAUCACGAUCAUGAUCACGAUCACGAUCAUGAUCACGACCACGAGCACGAUCACGAUCACGAUCACGAUCAUGGGGAUGAGGACUCCGAUGGUCUGCUGACGGCCAAGAUUACCGCCAUGCUGGUGCUCUGCUGUGCGAGUGCACUUUGUGGCUCCGUUCCGUUCCUGCUGAAUCGCUUCUACCACUGGACAGAGAAUCAGACGAAUGCCCGUUCAGCGACAGUUGUGAAGUGUCUGCUGUACUUUGGCGGUGGUGUCCUGCUGUCCACCACUUUCCUGCACCUGCUGCCCGAGGUGCAGGAGGUCGUCGAGCAGCUGCAGGAGUGCGAGAUCAUUGGCCAGCUAACUUUCCCACUGGCCGAGCUGCUCAUGUGCUGUGGCUUCUUUCUCAUGUACUUCAUUGAGGAGGCGAUGCAUUCGUAUGUCCACCGGCAUCAUCAAGAUGAUGCUGGUGCCGCCUUUGAGCGUGGUCACAGCGUCCGGCAUAGUCAUCUCGUAAAGACAGGCCAAUCGGCAACGGGUGCGGAACUUGCCGCAGCUGGUGGCAACAACACUGCGACAACGCUCUCCGUGCAGGAUCUCAUGCAAAACGAUCUGGAGCAGCAGAAGUAUGGAGCAGUGCAUCAUCAUCAACACAAUCACGGCCACAAUCACAGUCACAAUCACAGCCACAAUCAUAGCCACAAUCACAGUCAUGGCCACAGUCAUCUGCCCAUUGGAGACGGCGAAAGCGAUUCGGGAGAUAUGCUCACCUCCUCGCUGCGAGGACUCUUCAUUGUGCUGGCCUUGUCGCUGCAUGAACUCUUCGAAGGCAUGGCCAUUGGCUUGGAGCGUUCGGCUAGCUCGGUGUGGUUCAUGUUUGGCGCUGUCUCUGCCCACAAACUGGUUCUAGCCUUUUGUGUUGGCGUCGAGCUAAUUGUGGCCCGCACCCGUCUCAGUCUGGCCGUGCUCUAUGUGCUCACAUUUGCCGUUGUCAGCCCCCUCGGCAUUGGUCUGGGCAUACUGAUUAGCCACGGCCAGAGUGGUGGCGGACCCAAUCUGGUGUCGGCCAUACUGCAGGGCUUCGCCUGCGGCACACUCCUCUACGUGGUCUUCUUCGAAAUAUUAUCGAAGAAUCGCUCCGGACUGCGCGCUUAUCUGGCGCUCUUCGUUGGAUUUCUGAUUAUGUUCGGAUUGCAACAGAUAGGCGCCAGUGGUGGUCAUGGACACAGUCACGGUAGCUGUUCCGGUGCUGGAGAUCAUGAUCACGAUCACGAUCACGAUCACGAACAUCACACGGAGACUGAGUCCGGCAUCAGCGAAGCAGACCAGUUGGCGGAGGCCCACAAAUAUGAGGAGAAGUUGAAGGUGUUGCGCCAAGUAACCCAAAAGCUGCUCGAAUCGCACCGCAAAUAGAAUUAAGCCAACCAUCUGGACGUGUCCUUGGGUGCACGCUGAUAUGAAUACAUUACUAACUGCUAAGCAGAGAUUAUAUUAUAUAUCUAUUAUAUUUAUUUAGCCUGUAAGCAAUAAAGUUUAAAAUCAAAGC